AAAUAAAAUUUAGGCGGAUUUUUAGUAAGAUUUUAGGGUUUGAUUACAUAUCUAAAACUAAAACUAGUGUUUUCUCCUUUCUGUUUCCCCUACAUCAGAUCUCUCUAUAUAUAGGUAAAGAUAUACAUCCGUGGAUCCCCUCAACCAAACCCUAAAUUCCUAAUCUCUCUCUCAUCGAAAAGCUUUUAUUUUUCGUUGUUUUUGAUCCGAUGGCGCUGGAAGAGCAAUCGGUGGCGAGAUCCACCGGGAAGGUUAACUGGUUCAACGACAUCAAAGGGUAUGGCUUCAUCACCCCCGAUGACGGCAGCGAAGAGCUCUUCGUUCACCAGUCCUCCAUCGUCUCCGAUGGUUUCCGGAGCCUGACGGUGGGCGAUACGGUGGAGUUCGCCAUCACGCAGGGCAGCGACGGCAAGACCAAGGCCGUCGACGUUACCGCCCCUGGCGGAUCUCCGCUCAACAAGAAGGAGAUCACCUCCCGCGGAAACGGCGGCCGUCGCGGCGGCGGAGGAUCGGGUUGCUUCAAUUGCGGCGAGGUUGGUCACGUGGCGAAGGAGUGCCGUACCGGUGGUGGAGGAAACAGCUACGGAGGCGGUGGCCGUGGAGCCGGCGGAGAAGGGUGUUACAACUGCGGCGGUGUGGGGCAUUUCGCUAGGGAAUGCCGGCAGAUUUCUGGUGGAAACGGCGGAGGCGGAGGUGGAGGUGGCUCGUGCUAUAGCUGUGGUGGAUUCGGACAUAUGGCGAGGGAUUGCACGGGCAGGAGACCCUCCGGCGCUUGCUACGAGUGUGGUGGAACCGGUCACUUGGCUCGUGACUGCGAUCGUAGAGGCGGCGGCGGUGGCGGCGGUGGCGGCGGUGGCAAGUGCUUUAACUGUGGCAAAGAGGGUCAUUUUGCGAGGGAAUGCUCUGUUGCAUCCUAAUCAACCAAAGAUGAAAGAAGAGAAGAAGAGUAAUAUACUCUCUAUUCCUCUUCCUUUCACCUCUAAUCUCUCUGUCGUUUUGUUGAUGGGAAUGAAUUUGCCUGGUCCUUUUGGAGGUUUUCUUAUUAUACACAGUGAUGCUCUCUUUUUGGUGACUAUAUAUAUAGAUAUGUAGUGAACGUCUUUUCAGGUAUGGUUUUUGCUUUUUGGGUUAUGUUUCUUUCUUUCAAGUUGCGGCCUUUACAGUGACUGGUUUUGUUUGCUGUUGAAUGUUUGAAUAUCGAUCUUUUGCAAUUCAAUAGAGUGAUGCUGUCUGAUGGGUUUUGUUGCUUA